CGCAGCGUCGGGAAGGAGUCCUCUACACCACGACACGAGGUUCUGGAAGCGAGAGGCGCCGAGUCUGAACUGCCUGAGCGGUGGUCGGCGUGAUGCCCAAGGCCAAGGGGAAGACCCGGCGGCAGAAGUUCGGUUACAGUGUUAACCGGAAGCGUCUGAACCGGAGUGCUCGACGGAAGGCAGCCCCGCGGAUCGAGUGCUCCCACAUCCGACAUGCCUGGGACCACACCAAGUCCGUGCGGCAGAACCUGGCCGAGAUGGGCUUGGCUAUGGACCCCAACAAGGCGGUGCCCCUCCGUAAGAGAAAGGUCCAGGCCAUGGAGGUGGACGUGGACGAGAGACGGCAGCUCAUACGGAAGCCCUAUGUGCUGAAUGACCUCGAGGCAGAAGCCAGCCUCCCGGAAAAGAAAGGAAAUACGCUGUCUCGGGACCUCAUAGACUACGUACGCUACAUGGUGGAGAACCAUGGGGAGGACUACAAGGCUAUGGCCCGGGAUGAGAAGAAUUAUUAUCAAGAUACCCCGAAACAGAUUCGGAAUAAGAUCAACGUCUAUAAGCGCUUUUACCCAGCGGAGUGGGAAGCCUUCACUCAUUCUUUGCAGAAGAAUGCGAUGGAGGUUGCAUGACUGGUUUACGCCUGCCCCAGGCUGAAGCCUCCUGGACCCGAGAAGCUGGAGCCAGGGUUUAAGGCAAGGAGGGGGUGUGGCUACAGAGGCUGGCCAAACCCCAUUCCCGGGCCAGGCCGGCCUGGUUUGGCGCCAUGAGUGUCUCCGCUCCAGCAGGACCACCGGCAGGCUGUGGGUGGGCGUUUUCUUGUCUGUCUGCAGCUGUGAGCCAUAGGAAACCCUCCUGUUGCUGAGGUUUCUCCUACAAGCCCCUAAGACGUCUCUCCUUGCUGCUCUGGGGAAGAAGGUUUUUACAUUAUUUCACAUGAAGCUG